AGCAGCUAAACGGACCUGCAACCUAAUGGCGAACGCCCUGUCCUAAUCAUGCGGCCAUGCGCAUCGACCACGACUCUAUAAUCAUGCCGCAGCAAGAGGGAGGGAGAGAGAUUCUUCCCGUUCCCUCACUCCCAUCCCCACUAUCUCCCUCUCCCACCCCACACGCCGUGGCCGUGGGCAGCUAGUGGCACCUUGCCCUGCAACCAAGCAACACACAACGUCCCACCUAUCUCACCUCAUCUCACCUAUCCAUCCAAAAACAUCCGUCCGUCUUGCACCCCCAUGCAUUCGUCCGUCUCGAUCAGCACGACAUGCCGACAUCGCCGCCGUCGCUCCUGGACCUCCUGAGCCCCUCCCCUCCUGCUCCUGAGGCGGCGGCGUCGUCUGGACACGGCGGCGCCACGGUGGUGCAGGUGGUGCCGAUGGACGUCUCCGAGGAGCUGCUGGGCAAGUUCAUGGACGCCAGCGAGUUCGGCUUCGACUACGACACGAGCGGCCUCUGGUCCCCGCUCGUGCUGCUGCGGCCGGAGGCCCUCGCGCUCGCCUCGGCCCGCGCCAAGCGCCCGCGCCCGCGCCGGAGCUGGAGGAGGAAGAUGUUUUGCUGCUGGUGACAUGCAGAUGUUUUGCCAGAUGUGUCUCGGGCAAUUGGGAUGUUCAUAUAGAUCCUUCUGCAGUUUAGGGAGGCUUGUUAAUCGAUGUAUUUAAGGGAACAUUACUACUGUACUUAGUUUUCUGUAAGAAAUUAGGGGAUUUAACCCUGGGGUGUACUUUGGGCCCGAAAUGGCGAGCGCCAUUUUCACCCUCGAGUGAAUAAGGAAAUAUAAACAUAAGCAGGUCAUACGUGUGCAGUUGAUCCCACCAUUGUGGUUGGAUCCGACAACGACGGCGUUCAUGCACGGCACCGUUCCCUUGCUGAGGGUGUCGCUGUCGCGAAACCUUCUCAUAGUUGGGUGUUGUAAAAAGCGGUGGUAACUGUUGAUGUUUUACUGUAUUUUGAAAGGAGGCUGGAGUAACUUGUUCUUGUCUGAAAAUCGACUGAUAUCAAUGUAAGCUGUACUCAGACUCCCAGUUAAUGAGCUGCUCUGAGAUCUGAGGGCAUUAAUCUUCAGAUCCACAGUUGCAAGUUGCGCAAAUAAAAAAUCAUGCAGGAAGAAUGAAUAAAUAUCAUCUGGAGGUGAAGGAAAGAAGCCACAGGCAGGAACUGUAAACCUCCUUUUUCUAUGCACUGGUGAUUCUCACUUCACAUUACCAAAACGGUCUACCUAGACAAAUUACCUAUACUACAGAAUCAGUGG